GCAGACACGGCGCGGGGCGGGCCUGCAGGCCGAUUGAGACGUGAGUAGAGCUGCGGUGCAGCGUUGUCCCGAGGGCGUCUGCGAGAGAGGAGGAUGGCAUCCCUGGUCAGAAAGGUGAUCAGCACCGCGAAAGCCCCGGGGGCUAUUGGUCCCUACAGUCAAGCUGUCUUAGUGGACAGGACCAUGUACAUUUCAGGACAGCUGGGCAUGGAUCCUUCAACUGGGCAGCUUGUGCCAGGAGGAGUAGCAGAAGAAGCUAAACAAGCUCUUACAAACAUGGGAGAGAUUCUGAAAGCUGCAGGUUGUGACUUCAGUAAUGUGGUGAAAACAACUGUUUUGCUGGCUGACAUAAAUGACUUUGGUACUGUCAAUGAAGUCUACAAAAAGUAUUUCAAGAGUAAUUUUCCUGCCAGAGCUGCUUACCAGGUUGCUGCUUUACCCAAAGGAGGCCGUGUUGAGAUUGAAGCAAUAGCAGUCCAGGGACCUCUUACAACAGCAUCAUUAUAAAUGGCCACUGUUAUUUACUCUGGAAUCUUCAUUAUGUCUUUAAAUUAACAUCUUAAUUUUUACAACUGAUGUUGGCAAGUAUAAAUGUGACUAAAGUAUCUGAAGUUAUCAUAUAAAUACCAUAUCAUUGGAAGAUCUGAGAUGAAGGUUAAUGGACCUAGUUACUGAUGUUAUAAAUUACACUUAUACACACUUAUGUUGCUGAAUGUGAGAAAAGAUUCAUUACAUUGUUACCCAAAGUAAAGGAAAAGAUGAGUUAUUGUAGGAAAGCUGAGGCACUGUUCUUAAAUGAUAAAGAGCACACAUAAUUCAACUAAACAAUAGUGAUUUCAUGAUAUGAAAUAAUAAGAUAAGUGUCUUGUUAGAGACAUGAAACUAAAUUACAGUAUUCAAACUUGAAUGCACCUGUAAAGGAGAAUAAAGGGGACCAAAAUUUUAUACAGAUAUUUUUCUAAUAGAAAUAAAAUAAACAUGUAGCUUUC